AUGAAUUCUCAGAGUCCAAGCAGCAACAUUUUAGAUGGUCUCAAUGGACUCAGCCGUGGAGAAGACCCAGGAGGGCAACCGUAUUAUCUUCAGAAUUUUCUGAUGGUCCUGCAGGCUGUGCUAGAGAAUGAGGAUGAUCAGAGGCUGUUUGAUGAGCAAGAUUUGGACACCAUUGCAAAGUUCUACCAUCUCUCAGCCAGUGCUCAGAAGUUAUACGUCAGACUUUUCCAACGCAAGCUGAGUUGGAUAAAAAUGAACAAGAUAGUAUACUUGGAGAUUGCUGAGGAUCUCUCAUCAUACAUCAACGAGCUUGUUGGAACAGGAUUCUUGCAGUCAGAGGCAGAAUUAAAAGAUCUGUCUGAGGCUCUUGACUUGCUUUCUGCCCCUGAACUGAAAACCUUAGCAAAGGUCUUCCACCUGCCAAACCCAAAUGCACAGAAACAGCAGCUCUUGGAAGAUUUCCUUCGGUUGUCUAAGCAGCGCUCAGUCUUCAACAGGAACCAAGCUGGCAUUGGGAAUGUGAUUCUGAAAAGAGCAAAAGAUGUGGCUGGCAGAUCCGUCAGGGUUCGAAAAGUUCCCCGAACAGUCUUUUCACGGGUGCUGCUGCUCUUUUCCCUGACUGACCCAGUGGAGGAUGAAGAAGCUGGAAGUGGCGGCCAAGGACAACUUUCCACAGUCCUCAUGGUGAACAUGGGGCGCAUGAUCUUCCCCAGUUACACGGUCAACAGGAAAACCCAGAUAUUCCAGGAUCGGGAUGAUUUCAUCCGGUAUGCCAGUGCUGCGUACUUGUCAAAUGACAUUUCUGUGGCUGUGACUCAGGGGAACUGGAAGGAGGCACACAGACUCUAUGAGGUGGCCAAAGAAAUCUGGCAGGAGUUGAGGAAACACUUUUCUUUGCGGUACCAUGCAGCCCUCCCAGAAUACUUGAGGCGUUUCACCGUUGGGUGGGUGUACACACGAAUCUUCUCCCAGGGUGUUGAGAUCUUGCAGAGACUGCAUAUGUAUAAGGAGGCAGUGGAACAGCUUCAGGAUCUUUUGGCCCAAGACGUUUAUUGUUCUGACAGUCGAGGACGGUGGUGGGAUCGUCUGGCUCUUAACUUGCACCAGCACUUGAAAGACACAGAGGAGGCCAUCAGGUGCAUCAGGAAAGGUCUCCAGGACCCAUUUGUUCGCACGGGCCAUCGACUCUCCCUGUCCCAGCGAGCCCAGAGGAUGAAAAAUUCCUCAGCAUGUAAGAAGAUAGUGCAUCUCCUCCAAGAUCUGCCGCUUCUUUCCGUGGAAGAUGUUGCCCAUGUUACCAUCAAAGGAAAGCUGUGCCCACAGACCGGAAUGGGGAAGUCCAUGUUUAUCAUGGAGGACGUCGGUGGCGAAGACCCGGGAGAAGACCUUGAGCCUUCCACUGUGGUGUGCUCUGUCGAGGAGCUGGCAUUAGCCCACUAUAAGCAGCAUGGCUUUGAUCAAGGGAUUCAUGGCGAAGGAUCUACGUUCAGCACCCUCUACAGCCUCUUGAUGUGGGAUAUUCUCUUCAUGGACGGCAUCCCUGAUGUCUUCAGGAAUCCUUACCAGACUUCCCCCCUGGAUCUGUACACUGACAGCUUCUAUGAGAACCGGAGGGAGGCCAUUGAAUCCAGGCUCCACUUACUGCAUGAGGCUUCGCCUGAAACCCUGGAAAAGUGGAUUGCGGAUGUCUGGAAUGCUCAGGAGGGCAAAGCAGCAGCGUUAAUCAGCUGGGACCGAUUCUCUUCCCUCCAGCAGGCCCAGCACCUGGCGUGUUGCUUUGGGGGUCCUUUCCUGAGUGGUGUUUGCCGACAGCUGAGCAGAGAUCUGCGUCACUGCAGGGGCGGCCUCCCUGAUCUCGUCGUUUGGAGAACGGAAGAUCACCAUUUUAAGCUGGUGGAAGUCAAAGGCCCCAAUGAUCGCCUUUCUCACAAGCAGAUGAUAUGGCUUGCUGAGUUGCAGAAGCUGGGUGCAGCAGUGGAAGUUUGCCAUGUGGUUGCAAGUGGAUCUAAAAGUAAACGCUUGAGCUGAGACUCUAUUGUGGUUGCUGGGCUCUGGGCCAGAGUAACAAAAUAAAAGCUUGACACAUUUCA